CAACCAACUGGAAGAUCCGAAAGGCAAAGGGACCCUCCAUUUCGCCAAGGGGCCACUCCUCCCUAUAAAGCCUAGCAAGCCACCUCCCCCAGCCAUCCGCCUGCAAAAGCCAGCCACCAGCCCACCACCGUGCCCAUUUCACCUCACCACUACCAGGAACCCCCGCCAUUGAUUGGCCCAUUCCCAACCCAACCGCGCGGCUAGAGGCACAGGCACCUCGACCGGCGACCGGGAGUGCGUGCGCUCGCUCGCUCACUCGUGCGGUGGGCAUGGAGAAAUGCAGCAGCAAGAUCCGGUCCAUCGUGUGGCUGCGGCAGACGCUGCGGCGGUGGCGGUCCCGAGCGGCGUCGCGCGCGGCGGCGGCGGCGGCGGCUGAUGCGGCGGUCCCGUCGGGCCACGUGGCGGUGUGCGUGGGCGGCGCGUCGCGGCGGUUCGUGGUGCGGGCGGCGCACCUGAACCACCCCGUGUUCCGGGAGCUGCUCCGGCAGGCGGAGGAGGAGUACGGGUUCCCGCGCGCGGGCCCCAUCGCGCUCCCCUGCGACGAGGCCCUCUUCGAGCACGUCCUCCGCCACCUCUCCGCCCCGUCCAAGUCCUCCUCCCGCUUCGUCACCCUCGACGACCUCCAGAGCGCCGGCGCCACGCACUGCUGCUGCGUCGCCGCCGCCGGCGACUCGCUCCCGCUCCUCCGCGGCUUCUCCGCCGACAAGGCCGUCUGGUGAGCGCGCCGCCCUGCUCGCCGGAGCCAGCCACCACCCGUGUGCCUGCCUAGUGCCUAUUCGCGCGCGCGCGCCGGCCAUCUCGCCGUCGUCCCCCCCGUUUUUUGUGGGGUGUUAUUUUCCCCACUUCUUCGCGCUCGCUCCCUCCGUUUCCAGCUGAACGCGGCGGAGACAGACAGCUCGACGAGCAAGACGAGAGCGGCCCGGAUGGACGCCGGAGGCGGUGAAGUGAGAUGGCUGAGAAAGAAGUCCUAGGAUUUUUUUAGAACGACUGUCAAGUCUAGCCAUCCAUUCAUUCCCCUGUCGAAUCAAUCCGGGGGCUAAGGUUUACGUAAUUCUUUUUCUUCUUCUUCUUUGCUUUUCUCCCCACCCCCAAUAAUCCUCCAGUGUAAAUACAUGUACUACUGCGGUUUGGCCACGCCAGCCAGCAUUGUUGCAACUUGGAAGUGAAAGGAAAAACAUUCGUUUUUUUACUUCUGCUACCACGGAGUAAAACCA